AUGGUGUCGUUUUCAUGCGAGGCGUGCGGCGACGUCCUUACCAAGAAGAAGCUUGAUCCUCACCGCAACCAAUGUCGAGGCGCAUCCUUCACCUGCAUCGAUUGUAUGGUGCAUUUCUGGGGCACUGAAUACAGGGCUCAUACGUCAUGCAUGUCCGAGGCGCAAAAGUACGAAGGCGCGCUCUACAAAGAGAAGCCCGCAAAGAACCAGCGCAAAGGGAAGAACGAUCCCAAACAGAACCAGAAGCCAGCCCCAAACCAUCGUGCACCUUAUGUCGAGGACGCCACCGAUGUCGAUAACCCUCAGGCUCAAGCCGCCCCUCCGACUGCUCCCACUCCUCCAGCCUCGGGUGCUACAAAGACUUCGGCCCCCACCGACAAACAGGUGAAUGUAUUCGACUUCCUCGUCACCGAUCAAACCCCCAACGCUUCAAAGGUCUCGUUGGCCGAAUCCAAGGAGCAGAUGUGCAUGGUCGCUCAUGCUCCUUCGGUCUUCGAGCCCAGCAAGUCACUUACCCUGGCCGAGCAGGGUGAGGAUGAUAACAAGGCUUAUGAUGUAGCCUACGAAGAGAAUGGGUUUUCGUAUGGCGCAGGUCCUAUUCCGUCGCCCUACCAGAACGAGGUCUCCGCCAUCUCGACCGAAUUUAUGACACCGGCACCUAAAAAGAAGAAGGAUCGCAAAGACAAGAGCCAGGCUAGUGCCGCUACCAGCGAUAAGAAGCGGAAGCGUGGUCAUGCCGAAAAGCUUGAGUCUGAGGUGGAUACCCCCAUGAUGGAUGCCCCAUCCAGUGUUCAGAAUCAUCCGGGAACGCCCAUGCUUAGACACUCUGGACUCACUGGUGGAUUGAAUAGGAUGCUUCGAUCACCCUCUGUCGAAGGUGAAGAUGAACAUGACCACCCGCGCCGGCGAUACCAGGAUCCCUCAUCUCCCAUUAAACGUACUCGUCGAAGCGAAAAGGAGACCAACGGCAGCGAUGCCGGAAGCAAUUCGAUCAAGAACCGUGCGGGGCGGAUUGUAUCCUCCAUGUUUGGCGGCUCUGUCGUCUCGACGGCUAGUGGUGGCAGCAACGAGCCUGCCCCUAAAGCGGUUGCCCGCUCUCGUCGCCGCAGCUCUUCGGACGCCGAGGAACCUCAGAUUGAAGUUCGUCGGCCCAAGAAGUCCUCCAGCGAAGCUCAUAAAACCAAACGCAAGAGCAGUGCUCAAACAGAAGGUGACCGGCCGUCGCGACGUCUCAAGCAAAUCGAGCAUGAGCGUGACCAGGGCCGCGCGUAUUCCCCACGGGCUGAUGGUGAAAUGAUGGUUUACCGGGAGCCCAAUGUCCCGGAUGCAUUGCAGCGCGAGAUGGCCUACCAUUUCCUGUCAUUGGUGAACAAGGGACCCGAAAGCACUCGUGGAUUGUCUGUUAACAAGACACUGAAACGCUUCCACAAAGACUUUACAGAUGAAUAUGACGGUGACCGUGGUCGGGACCAUGGUCGAAGCCGCGCAGAUCGCGAGCGCCGGGUUGAUGAUGAAAAAGAACUUUGGCGGACGCUGAGACUCAGACGUAAUGACAGGGGAGAGGUUGUUGUAUUCUUUUAA